AUUGAAUCCCUUUUGGAGGAGAUAUGGCCUUCUUAUCUUGGAGGCCGCUUACGAUGAAACUUGAAAACAGCAUAACGGUUCGGAAUAAUAAGUGUUGGAUUAGUGAUUCUUGUCAAUCUCUUGGGUUUCCUGUUCUUACAAAGUUUCCUUCCACACUCUGGAUCAAAAGGUACAAGCAGCAAGUAUUCUUAUGUCGAAAGAACAAUCAACACUGCAACCCUUUCUUGAUAGUGAACAGAAUGGACAUAUAUGAUACAACCUUAAGAGAUGGAGCACAGGGUGAAAAUAUCUCUUUUACAGUUAUCGACAAACUUCGAAUUGCAAAAGCUUUGGAUGAAUUUGGAGUUCAGUACAUAGAAGGUGGUUGGCCUGGAAGUAAUCCUAAGGAUGUAGAAUUUUUCAAGAGAGCCAAGCAAGAACUGCAUUUGUGUCGUGCCAAGUUGGUAGCUUUUGGGAGUACUCGAAGAAAAGGCAUUCGUUGUCAAGAUGAUGUUAAUCUUAGGCUACUAAUAGAAGCAGAAACUUCAGUAGUAACCAUUGUAGCCAAGUCGUGGAAGGAACAAGUGAUUAACGUUUUAAAUGUUUCUUUAGAAGAAAAUUUGGCUAUGAUUGAGGAAUCAGUUCGGUUUUUGAAGGAGCAUGAUAAGGAAGUGAUGGUAGAUGCUGAACACUUCUUUGAUGGAUAUAGCCACAAUGCUUCUUAUGCUUUGGCUUGUUUGGAUGCAGCAAUUCGUGGCGGAGCUGAUGUCUUAGUAUUAUGUGAUACGAAUGGAGGUUGUUUGCCUUGGCAUAUUUAUGAAACAACCAGUUCUGUUGCCAGUCAUUUUGGUAGUCAACAAAGGAUUGGCAUACAUUGUCAUAAUGAUAUGGAAUUGGCUGUAUCUAAUAGUUUAUCAGCUGUUUAUGCUGGAGCUUCACUUGUACAAGGAACUAUGAAUGGUUAUGGAGAACGCACUGGGAAUGCCAAUCUAAUCAGUAUUAUUCCAACUCUUCAACUGAAAAUGAAUUAUAAUGUAGUUGGUUCGAAGUUGAUAUCUUUGACAGAAUUAUCAAGAUGGAUGGAUGAAGUAACCAACGUUCCUCAUCAACCUUCACGACCUUAUGUUGGAGAUUGUGCUUUUGCCCAUAAGGGUGGAUUGCAUGUAUCUGCAAUUUUAAAGGAUGAGCGAUCUUAUCAACACAUUGAUCCUUCUCUAGUAGGAAAUCGAAAACGGAUGUUGAUUUCAGAGCUUUCAGGAAGAGGAAAUAUUGUUGAUAAGAUGAAGCAGAUGGGAAUCGUAACAGACUCUCAGUUGCAAGAUCCUGAAUGGAAACGACGUAUUCAAGGAAUCUUGGAACAAGUCAAAUCAUUAGAGAAUAAAGGUUAUACCUUUGAAGGUGCGGAAGCUUCCAUAGAAUUGAUGAUACGACGAAGUUUGAAUAAUUAUCGUUCUCCUUUCGAAUUGUUGGAUUUCACAGUGUUGACUGGCAACAAGAGAGUGUAUUAUGCAGUCGGAGAGUCUAACAAUAUUUUAACUCAUGGAGUUUAUUCAUCUGAAACUUUCCGUAACGAAUCUAUCACACAAGCUAUUGUCAAGCUUGGAAUUUUGGAGACUUCAAAUGGUGCAUGCCCUAUAGAAAGGACUAGAUGUUUCGAAGCAGCUGAAGGAAAUGGUCCUCUGAAUGCUGUCAACCUUGCACUGAAGAAGGCUCUUGUUCGGGUUCAUGCUCCUUUAGAACAUGUCAAUCUUCAAGAUUACAAGGUGCGUAUUUUGGAUAAUGAAUCUGCAACAGCUGCUGUUACUCGUGUUAUGGUGGAGUUUUAUGAUGCAGAAACCAAAUGUGUUUGGAGUACAGUUUGUGCACAUUCCAAUAUUAUUGUUGCAAGUGUUCAAGCACUGAUGGAUGGAUUCGAAUAUGCGUUGCUUCAGAGAUUGCCUGCUUGUUUUAUUGCUUCUGAAGGAGAGUCUUCUGAAAAAAGCGCCGUUCUUUUAUAAAAUGAAUAUGAAUGAAUGACA